CCUCUGCGGGUAAGGCAGGAGCCGCCGGGCCCUGCGCUGCGCCUUUAAGAGAUAAAGACCUUUUCCGAGGCUGAAGUCAUCGCUGGUGACGUGGGGGAGGACUCGCAGAGUCCAGCCGGCGAGAGUCCCAGCGCUCGUCCGCGUCCCGCCGAGCCGAGCCGAGCCGUGGGACUGCCGUGGGGUCGCGGAACACUCCUGCGUGCGCGUCCGGAUCCCACACGGGGGCUCUCCCGCAAUAGACGGGACAGCCGCCCCGCGGAAGGAGUCCCUUUCUCCGGUUUUUAGACCAUAACUGGGUAGAUUAUACAUUGUAUACUGAGCUCCAGGUAUCCAGCGUUUUAUUUUGUUUUUGUUUCACUCGCAAGUAAACUGAAACCGGUGACCUUUGUGAACUGUUUUAAUUUUAAUGUCAAGUUGGAACAGCUUGUGAACGCCAGUCGGUGUCUCUGGUUUCGGACGGUCAUCUCGCACGCUCGGCCGCUCCGGGCGCCCCGCGGCUGCGGGGGGCAGGACUCCGGACCCCCGCUAUGGAUUAAUCAGAAGGAAAGAAAGGAAAACGAGCCGUAGCCGACCCGCCGAGGACGCGCCUGGCAGGCGGCGGAGUUGCUGACGACCUGUUACACAGGGACGGCGAGAGGACCGAAGGCCGGUUCGUCCGACACCUCAAGGUGUCGAUUUGUAGUAAAUCGACUCUUUCUCUUCUCUUAUACUGGCUUAGGCUCCGGUUUGCUGGUAGUUUCCUCCGAGUUUGUCUAUUUUACCCCCAGCCUGGACAGAUACAUUUCAAAUUCCCGCUGUGAGCGAGCGCGUGUGUUCAACACGUUCCGGCAAGAUGAGCAACGGGAACGAGCAGGAGAAACCCCCAGAACCGCAGGCGGACCCGCCGAACCCGACCCAGACCCCGAGCGACGGCAGUGCGCUGUCCUCGGCCGUGUCCAGCCCCCCUCUCUUCCCCCUGCCCGGCCACCCCAAGCUGGAGUUCAGGAGGAACGCGGUGACGGACGACUACAAGGUGUCCAGCCAGGUGCUGGGGCUGGGAAUCAACGGCAGGGUGCUGGAGUGCUCCGACAAGAGGACCGGCGACAAGUGCGCCCUGAAGAUCCUGUAUGACAGCCCGAAGGCGCGGCGCGAGGUGGAGCUGCACUGGCGCGUGUCCGGCGGCCCGUACAUCGUGCGCAUCCUGGCGCUGUACGAGAACAUGCACCACGGCAAGAAGUGCCUCCUCAUCAUCAUGGAGUGUAUGGAGGGCGGGGAGCUGUUCAGCAGGAUCCAGGUGCGGGGUGACCAGGCGUUCACUGAGAGAGAGGCAUCGGAGAUCAUGCGACACAUCGGCACAGCCAUCCACUACCUGCACCACAUGAGCAUCGCUCACCGAGACGUCAAGCCGGAGAACCUGCUCUACACCACGAAGGAGUCCAACGCUGUCCUCAAGCUCACGGAUUUCGGCUUCGCCAAGGAGACGACGCUGCACAACUCUCUGCAGACGCCCUGCUACACGCCGUACUACGUUGCUCCGGAGGUGCUGGGCCCGGAGAAGUACGACAAGUCGUGUGACAUGUGGUCCCUCGGCGUGAUCAUGUACAUCCUGCUGUGUGGAUUCCCUCCAUUCUACUCCAACACCGGUCAGGCCAUUUCUCCCGGGAUGAAGCGCAGGAUCCGAAUGGGCCAGUACGAGUUCCCGAACCCGGAGUGGGCUGAGCUGUCUGUUCUGAGCGUGCUGCGGCUGUGCCCUGCAGGUGUAACAGACUGCCUCUCUGUCUUCCAGCAAUCCAUGGUGGUGCCGCCCACGCCGUUGCACACCACGCGCGUGCUGAUGGAGGACAAGGAGAUGUGGGACGACGUGAAGGAGGAGAUGACCAGCGCCCUGGCCACCAUGCGGGUGGACUAUGACCAGGUGAAGAUCAAGGACCUGGACACCUCCAGCAACCCGCUGCUCAACAAGCGCCGGAAAAAGGCGGCAGCCGGAGGGGGCGGCAACACCGUCUGUAACAGCCAGUGAAGAAGGGGGAGCGGUGGAGAGAGGAGGGGGGCGCAGCACUGUGCGGAACAGUCGGGGGGAGUCCAGGAUGGGGGCGCCAGCGGCUGUCGGCACAGCAGCAAGAAGACUCCGGAUUACAGAGGACAGAAGUCGGAGAGCUCUGGGCUGCGGACGAGCUUGUAACAGUUGAGCUCCUGUCCGUGUGUGGGCUGAGCUGGUCUGUCUUCUCGGCUGCGGGGCUGCGGGUGUCUACGGGGCUCCUGCGCCCCCCCCCGUGUACCCCCUCUCCACACCCCGAUCUACAGAGCCCCCCCCCAGGAGGCGAGAUGAGUCUCCCAGCAGCACCAGCACACAGCGCCGGGCAGGGCCCAGCCCCGGCACACCUCAGAGACGAUCCGUUUUAUUUUUAUUGUUUCUGCUCCUUUUACAGAAAUAAAACCCCUAAAAAAAAA